AUGCCCGGUACCGUCGACGAUCAGGCCGUUCCAGGCCGUCUGCUUCUGCUCUCCAACCGUUUGCCCAUCACCAUCAAGCGUUCCGAAGAUGGCAGUUAUUCCUUCUCAAUGUCCUCAGGUGGGCUUGUCACCGGCCUGAGCGGUCUCAGCAAGACCACGAGCUUCCAAUGGUAUGGCUGGCCCGGCCUCGAGGUUCCCGACAACGAAGUCGAGGGCAUGAAGCAGCGGCUCAAGGACGAAUAUGGCGCCCACCCUGUCUUCAUUGAUGAUGAGCUUGCAGACAGACAUUACAACGGCUUCUCCAACUCAAUCCUCUGGCCCCUCUUCCACUACCAUCCCGGUGAGAUCACGUUCGACGAGUCCGCGUGGGCCGCAUACCAAGAAGUCAACCAUCUUUUCGCCAAGACAGUCAUCAAGGAUGUCCAGGAUGGAGAUCUCAUCUGGGUUCACGACUACCACUUGAUGCUCCUUCCUCAGAUGCUUCGCGAAAUGAUCGGCACGACAAAAAAGAACGUCAAGAUUGGCUUCUUCCUCCACACCCCAUUCCCCAGCAGUGAAAUCUACCGAAUCCUGCCUGUUCGACAGGCCCUGCUUACCGGUCUCCUCGACUGCGAUCUCAUUGGUUUCCACACCUACGACUACGCUCGACAUUUCCUCAGCAGUUGCUCUCGCAUCCUCGAGUGUCCCACGACUCCUAACGGCGUUGACUGGAAUGGUCGCUUCGUGACCGUGGGCGCCUUCCCCAUCGGAAUCGACCCCGACAAGUUCGUCGAGGGACUCAAGAGGCCCAAGGUGCAAGAGCGUAUUGCUGCCCUCAGCCGGAAGUUCCAAGGUGUCAAACUUGUGGUUGGCGUCGAUCGCCUGGAUUAUAUCAAGGGCGUCCCCCAGAAACUUCACGCCCUUGAAGUGUUCCUGACGGAGCACCCCGAGUGGAUCGGAAAGAUUGUUCUGGUUCAGGUCGCUGUUCCCUCUCGGCAAGAUGUGGAAGAGUACCAGAACCUGCGUGCUGUGGUCAACGAGUUGGUUGGCCGAAUCAAUGGAAGAUUUGGCACGAUUGAGUUCAUGCCCAUUCACUUCCUCCAUCAGUCCGUCUCAUUUGACGAGCUCACUGCGUUGUACGCCGUUUCCGAUGUCUGCCUUGUCUCUUCGACCCGUGAUGGCAUGAACCUGGUCUCUUACGAGUACAUCGCCACGCAGCAGAAGAACCAUGGAGUCAUGAUUCUCAGCGAGUUUACGGGAGCCGCUCAAUCUCUCAACGGCAGUCUCAUUGUCAACCCCUGGAACACGGAAGAGCUUGCCAACGCCUUGCACGAUGCCGUCACGAUGAGCCCCGAGCAACGCGAGGCCAACUACAAGAAGCUCGAGCGCUAUGUCUUCAAGUAUACGAGUGCCUGGUGGGGGGCCAGCUUCGUCGCCGAAAUGACCCGCCUCAGCGCCGAGAGCACACAGCCCAAGACACUGCGCAACGUGUCUGGGGCUGUCGUUGGCCUGGGCCAGAAGGUGCAGCAGAUUGUUGACACUGUCGAGAAGAAGGCCGAAGAGGUGUUGGGUGUCGGGGAGACUAAGGAGCCCGAGGCCACGAGCUCACAAGCCGACGGAUCGAAGACGGAGGAUGCGAAGCCUGCCGAGGCAUCAACAGUGCCUUCCCAAUAG